AUGCGAUUUAUUAUCAUCACGGCUAUCAUCGCCGGCAGUGCUGCAGCAGGUUCACUUUCAAAACAACAAAAGCCCAUCAGAAGGACCUCGACUUUCCAGAUAGUGUACAACAGGACAGAAAAGUUCAAGGCCGCCAACAAUACCCUGUACAUAGGGUCGCCCAAACAAGACGCUUGCUGUAAUCAGUUCAAUGCUGAGGAUGCGGCCACCUUCUACCUAAAAGAUGAAGAGCUCUUCCUCUAUUCACCGGGAAAUCCCAAGCAACAGGUGAUUGUGAACAGUAAAAAAGCCGCGACAGGAUGUCAAAAUUCCGUUGGUUACUCCAUUGGUUCAAGGAAAAAGCUGGAGAAAGCACAGAGAGAAGGCUGGCGAAUAGAUGAUGAUGACAAUAUUACCUUCGAUGGACUCAGUCUGAUGGCGUGCAGCAGCUCUGGUGUUGGGCGGGAUAUUAUUGUACGGAAAAGUGAUUGCCGACUAAAGGGUUGCAGGGCGUGUCGGAGAGUCACAGCAAAAGCGACAUACACAAGUCAUCCUACGAGUUGUUUAUAUAGUGGAGAGGGACAGGUUGUUUCGCACUUUUGCUUGUAG